UAAAUAAAAAAAGAAAAAUAAUAAAAGCCUACAGAUUGGAAAGAAGAGAAGAGAAGAGAAGAAAGAGAUGAAAAACAAGGGAAGAAACAGAAACCAUGGAAUUGGUAUUGGAAUCUCCAUGAGGUCAAGCAUCCAGAAGAUUCUUCAGAUUAAUCCUAGGGUUCGUUGGCUAUGAUUUGAUCUUCCUCUUUGGUUCCUCUUUUGUUGUUUUCAACUCAGGAGAACCAUAGAUCGAUCAGUUCGUGUAAUCGCAUCUCUCCGUUUGAGUACUUGUUCGGAUUCCCUUUCCGUUCUCUCUCUCUCUCUCUCUGAUCUUUGUGGAGGGAUCUUUGAUCUCAUUGUUCGUGUUGUUCUUCUCGCUGUUGAUGCGGUUCUGUCUUUGCUAGCGAUCUGAAAACGAUUACACUUCGUCUUUCCGCUUCUUUCUCUCUCGAACCGGUUCUGCUCAGUUUUCGGAUAAUUUUGGAUAGGUUUAUCCUUUUUUGGCGAAUAAGUCGGCCUCGAGAUCCGUGAAUUUCUUAUGCAAUUGGCUUUGGAAUCCACUGUGCUUACAAAGGGAUCAGAAGCUUCAAAAGGAAUAGCGUGUUCCUUUGUUUUACAUCUCUCGUCUCUCUACUUGGUUCGCAUAUUUGUGUAAAUUUCAGAUUUGGAGUGAUUGAAUUGAUCGAUAAAGGCAGGAAUAAAGAAGAACAAGUGUUUUCGCGGCAAAAUUAUUUUAUCUUUUCUUUAUUAAUCUUUAGAUUUAAAAAAAAAAAAAAAAUUGAAUUACAGAUCCUGCUUUAUAGAAAAAAUCAUUUCGACUUUUUGGUUUUGUGAUUUAGGAAAGAAAAACAAAGAACAAAGGGGGUGGGGGGAAAGGAAGGGAUUAGAACUCAGAUUCCUUGAGCUGCAGUUUAAGACUUCUGGGUAACCGAAAAGGGUCUGCUUUUCAAAGUUCAUUGCAGCUUGUUUCAUCGUCUUCGUCAGUUUUCGGUGCUGGUAAGAAGCAAAAGGGGAGUCUUUAGCUUUGUUUCUGACGGAUCCUCACGUAGAAACCAAGUGCUGUGAUUGUUUAGCUGUUCUGGAGUGCCUACUAGAUAUCAUCAGGGCCCUGAGAAUGGGGUCCUGCUUAUCGGCGGACGGGAGGAGUGGUCUUCCCGGAUCGCCGACUUCGGAAUCAAAGAGGAAGAACGGAAGAAGGAGGCGUUCGAUGCGGAGUUCUUCCUUCGAUUAUAAGAGGGACGAGCAGCUUCGUAGGAUAGCCGGGAGAAUGUUCUUGAAUGGUGCUAGCGAGGUUGCUUCUCUGUUUACCCAACAAGGCAGGAAAGGGACCAAUCAGGAUGCCAUGAUCGUUUGGGAGAAUUUUGGUUCAAGAACAGACACAGUUUUCUGUGGUGUUUUUGAUGGCCAUGGUCCCUAUGGCCAUUUGGUUGCAAAAAGAGUGAGAGAUUCUCUACCAUUGAAGCUAAGUGCCCAUUGGGAAGUAAAUAUCGGCAGUGAAGGAGGAUCUAGAGAACUCAGUACCAGUGCCAUGGUAAGCAUGAAUUCUGAAGAUACUUCCUUCAUGUAUGUUGAAGAGGAAUCGAGGGAAUCUAUAGAUAUUGAAGAGAACAAGAAGCACCCAGAGAUCUUUCUUACACUGAAGGAGUCAUUUCUCAAGGCUUUCAAAGUUAUGGAUAAGGAAUUGAAGUUGCACCCCAACAUUGACUGCUUCUGUAGUGGGACAACUGCAGUCACCCUGGUUAAGCAGGGUCAGGAUCUUAUUAUUGGAAAUGUUGGAGACUCUAGAGCCAUACUGGGGACAAGGAAUCAAGACGAUGCCCUUACUGCUGUUCAGUUGACCGUGGACCUUAAACCAAAUCUUCCAGUGGAAGCUGAGAGAAUCAGGCAAUGUAGAGGGAGGGUUUUCGCCCUUCGGGAUGAGCCUGAAGUUUCUCGUGUGUGGCUGCCAAACAAUGACUCCCCUGGCCUGGCAAUGGCUCGAGCUUUUGGGGAUUUCUGCCUCAAGGAUUUUGGAUUGAUCUCUGUGCCAGAGAUAUCUUAUCGACGCCUCACGGAGAGGGACGAAUUUGUAGUGAUGGCAACAGAUGGGGUCUGGGAUGUUCUAUCAAACAAAGAAGUUGUAGACAUAGUGGCAUCAGCUCCAGCACGUUCUACAGCUGCUCGAUCUUUGGUCGAGUCGGCAGUUCGUGCAUGGAAGUUCAAAUACCCAACCUCAAAGAUUGACGACUGUGCUGUAGUCUGCCUCUUCCUUGUCUCCGACUCAAACAAUUCCUGCCUCCCAUCCAAAGCCGAAGAACAGUCAGCUGCAUUCUACCAACGUGAGAGUAGUCAAGAGAAACAACAGCCUCAAAGCGCAGAGGGGCUGAAUCGAUCGGCAACAGUACGAGCAGGUCCUGAGAUCCAGCCGGAGGAAGAAGAGGAAGAACCCCUGAAUGAAGCUGCACGGCUGAUGGGGAUAGGAGAGUGGUCCGCCCUGGAAGGUGUCUCAAGGGUGAACACACUGUUGACUCUACCAAGGUUUGUUGCUGAAAAUGAGGAGGAUAAGCAGCCCACUGGAGGAACAAAGACUUGGAAAUGAUCAAAGGGGUUAGUUUGGUUUCUUGAUUGUAUAAUCAUAUACCAUCACCAAAAUUCUUAAGCAUCAUCAAUUCCACCCGCUCCCCCCCUUUUUCUUUUGCUUUAUUUAUUUAUGAUUUACCUUGCUACAGAAAGAAGGUGUUUGUAGGGGGUGUCAUUUGUUUAUUCUGGUUCGGAGAGGUUGGACCGGACUGUAUUAGUGUGUCUGGGGAAUCCUCCUUUCUCUCUCUAUUAUGUCUGGGUAGAAAUGGAAGUUUUGUAAAAUCCAGCUCUCCAAUUUUAUUUUUUAAUCUGUUUUUCCUGGGAUGGGGUGGGGGUUUUCUUUUCUUGUCAUCCUGUUAUGUUUACUGGAAAUAGUGUUAUUUGUUAUUAUAAUGUUGAUAAUAAUUUUGUGA